AAAGGUAAACUUCAGUAUAAAAAAUGUUAAUCUAAACAAAUAGUGAGAAAUAAAGGGAAGUAUAUCGGGAACAAUCUACACGUUCCUCUGCUUCACUCUAACACUUGUAUGCUUCUUCACUUCUUUGUCUUCUUCCUCUCUCUCCUUCCUCAAAUUCGCUUCGUUCACUUUCAGAUUCUCUCACCAAACACGAACUCCAGAUUCAUUUCGACAAUGGAAACAUUCCGAACAUUCCAUCUCUUCCUUUUUCUCUCUCACUUUAUCUUCUUCACAACACACACUACGCUUACGUCCGCAAACUCUCAGAUCGUUGACUGUACAAUGUGCACUUCUUGUGACAAUCCUUGUCAGCCAAAUCCCUCUCCUCCACCACCUACUCCAUCUCCACCACCUCCAGUCACCACCACCGCAUGUCCUCCGCCUCCUAGCUCCGGCGGUGGUAGUAGUGGUGGUCCUUACUACUACUACCCACCUCCUUCUCAGUCUACCUCUUACCGUCCACCACCGUCUUCCUCCGGAGGUGGUGGUUACGUUUAUCCACCGCCUAAAAGUGGAGGAAACUACCCUUUUACGCCGCCGCCGAACCCGAUCGUUCCUUACUUUCCGUUUUACUACUACAACCCUCCGCCGCAAUCUGUUGUAUUGUCAGGAUCCGUUGCGAAAACAAGUUUCUCUUACUGGUUUUCACUUGUCUUAGUUUUUUUGUCUUUGUUUCUGUUGAGUAUGAAUAAUACAGGUUAAAGAAGAUGAUAGAGGUUACUUGUAACAACAAGAAACUCUUGUCUCUUUGCAGAGAAGAUUACUAUGCAUGAGAGCUCAUAAUGCUAUUCAAAACGGUGAAUAAUGUUUCUCCAUUUUUCUACUGCUUUUUGCUUGAACAAGCAGGAAUAUAUAUUUGUACUUGCAUCUCUUUUAAAAUUUCUAUGAAUGUAGUUUUUUUCUUCUCUUUUUUUUUGCAUAAUAGUAAAAAAUAAAUAAAUGGGGGUUGCCACUAUUUUGAAUUUUACUUAAGUUUCAACAAACUAUUUGAUGCUAUAUAGUAUGGUUAAAAUGAACAAAAGCAUUUUUUCCUUAAAAUAUAAAUUAUUAACGAAUGAAAUGAGUCUUUGCUUAAGGAAGAGAUGAUGUAGAGAAGUACAAUAGGACUACUGGAUAUUGAAACUUAUUUUUGUAAUUCGAAAAAAUCAAAACCGCUAUAAAUGAUUUUGGGUCUACUACAUGUUCAACAAGCAUCCAAUGUCAGUUGCUGUUUAAUUUUAAAACAUUUUUGUUGUUGAUGUUGACACUCUAAUUGAACGCAUAAUGAUAUGAACAGGUUUUGAAGUUAACAAUACCAACC